AUGAUCCUUCUUCAGGGACAGGGAAGCAACGGACCGAACGCCGCCUCCCCGACUGCCCCCGGACUCGGCCCGCGCUGCCGUCUCCCCCUCCCGGGGGAGCGCUGUGACCACAGGGAGCAGGCGGGCAGGGAGUGGGGAGCCCAGGAGAAGGAGGAGAGUGUCUUGGCGACAUGGGAAGCAAACCCCAACCCCUGGGCUCCUACCCUCUCAGUGGCUCCUCUGCACCCACAUCCAUCACCCCACCACCAUCCCCACCACCAUGGCCUGGCACGGAGGAACAGCAACAGCGGGGUCAGGGGAGGCGGCGGCGGCGGCGGCGGCAGCAGAAAUUUCAACCUGCUGAACCGGGGGGUUGGGCGUGGAGAGGCAGCCAAUUCCGGGUUGAACCUCAGCGCCAGGAAAUUGAAGAAAAUUUCCCCGGACCGCAGCCCCCGGUGCGACCUCUCGGACACGGUGCAGGCGGAUUUAUCUAAAAACAGACUGGUCGAAGUCCCAAUGGAAUUGUGCCAUUUUGUAUCACUGGAAAUUCUUAAUCUGUAUCAUAAUUGCAUCAGAGUCAUUCCUGAGGCGAUCAUUAAUCUGCAGAUGCUGACUUACUUAAACUUGAGUCGAAAUCAGCUGUCUGCCCUGCCUGCCUGCCUGUGUGGUCUGCCUCUCAAAGUCUUAAUCGCAAGUAACAACAAACUUGGAUCGCUGCCAGAAGAGAUAGGUCAGCUCAAACAGUUAAUGGAGUUGGACGUCAGCUGCAACGAGAUCACAGCCCUGCCCCAGCAGAUAGGUCAGUUGAAAGCUCUACGGGAACUGAAUGUCAGAAGAAAUUACCUUAAAGUCUUACCACAAGAACUAGUAGAACUUCCCUUGGUAAAGUUUGACUUUUCCUGCAAUAAAGUGCUCGUGAUUCCCAUUUGUUUUAGAGAGAUGAAACGGCUGCAGGUAUUACUACUUGAGAACAACCCUUUGCAGUCUCCUCCAGCACAGAUAUGCACAAAGGGCAAAGUGCACAUAUUCAAGUAUCUCAGCAUACAAGCAUGUCAGAUGAAGACAACCGACUCCCUGUAUCUCCACACGAUGGAGAGGCCACAUUUACACCAGCACGUGGAGGACAGCAAGAAGGAUUCUGAUUCGGGCGUUGGAAGUGAUAAUGGAGACAAGCGUUUAUCUGCCACAGAGCCUUCUGAUGAAGACACGGUUAGCCUCAACGUGCCAAUGUCCAAUAUCAUGGAAGAAGAACAGAUCAUCAAGGAGGACUCGUGCCAUCGCCUUAGCCCAGUUAAAGGGGACUUUCAUCAGGAAUUUCAACCAGAGCCUUCCCUUCUGGGGGACAAUGACAACUCAGGAGAAGAAAGAGACCAAUUUACUGAUGGAAGAGAUGUUCUCCGUUCAGAAUUUAUAACGUACAUUAAGGAUAGGGCUGAGGACUGUGAAGAACUGUUACGGAUAGAAGAGGACACGCACUGGCAACCUGAGGGAAUAAUAAGUUCAUCCAAAGACCAGGAUGUGGAUAUGGCUAUGAUCGAACAGCUGAGAGAAGCGGUAGAUUUGCUGCAAGAUCCUGACAGAUUAAGCACAGAUGUUUCAGAGAGAAAUGUUGUAAACUUUUAUCCUGUGGAAUCAGCAGAAGCCUUAGACUUACAAGAUUCUGCACUAAAUGGUCAAAUACAGCUGGAGACCUCUCCCGUUUGUGAGGUGCAAAAUGACCUAACAUUACAGAGUAAUGGGAGCGAGUAUUCUCCAAAUGAGAUUAGAGCCAACUCCCCUGCCAUCUCUCCUACCGCCAACAGCACGGGGCCGUUUGGCCUGAAGCCUCGAUCAGUGUUUCUGAGACCUCAGAGAAAUUUGGAAUCUAUAGACCCACAGUUUACAAUUCGGAGGAAAAUGGAGCAGAUGAGAGAAGAGAAGGAAUUGGUCGAACAUCUCCGCGAGAGCAUCGAGAUGAGACUCAAGGUCAGCCUGCAUGAAGACCUGGGGGCCGCACUCAUGGAUGGCGUGGUCCUCUGUCACCUGGUCAAUCACAUCCGCCCGCGCUCCGUCGCAAGCAUCCAUGUCCCGUCACCAGCAGUUCCCAAACUUAGCAUGGCCAAAUGCAGAAGAAAUGUGGAAAACUUUUUGGAAGCCUGUCGAAAAUUAGGAGUACCAGAGGAAAAACUGUGUCUACCCCAUCACAUCCUUGAAGAGAAAGGCCUGGUCAAAGUGGGCAUUACUGUUCAAGCAUUACUAGAUGUAACGGUAACGAAGUCUCUGUUCACAUGAAACCAGCUCCUCUCCUUUGGGUCGGUUCAGACUCAUCUCUCGUCAGAGAUCCUGAACUCUGCUCUCAGCACCUGUUCCUCCUACCCUCCCGCUCACUACCUGUCAGUUCCCUGGCUCUGGUUGCAUUGAAGGGAGGACAUAAGGGAAGAUGUUUCUGCCUUUCAGAACUGACCUCCACUGUUAAGAUAUGAGAGAGAUUUACCUUAAAGCCAGUGAGGGAGCUGUCUGUGAAGAACUGAGCAGCACAUCGAUGCCUUUUACAACCUCCUUCCAUCCCUACGCUCACCUACUGCCAUUACCGAAACACCAAGCACAACCGUUUUUGCAACAAGACGCAUUUGUUUUAUUCAAACCAAACUUCUUGUGUAUUUGGUGGGGGGAGGGGGGGGGAACUCAAUCAGGUUUUUCACCACCAAAUUUUUCAAGACGUUUCUUGAGACCAUUGCCUUUUAAAAAACUAUUUUCGACAUACAAAAUAUUUAUAUAAAUAUUAUUUAUUAGUGAGUUGUUAUUUCAUCCUUUGGAUGCAAAUUGUAAAUUAGGAAACUAUUUUAUUACUGCUUUUUUGUGGUUAAACACUUUAUUUUAAUAUUAUAAAUAUUGAAUUAUUUUCUAUGCUCUUUGGUGUGCAGUAGUUGUAGGUCUCAGUAAUCACGUUUUCUGGUGUUUGUGACUCAGAAACAAACAAACAAAAAAAUGAAGCCAAAAAACAGGUGCUUCUGUGACAAGAACUGUUUUCUGGGGAGGCAUUAUUUCCACUUCGGUUCAUCGAACAUUGGUUUUAUUUAUAUUUCUGCAUUCCAUCCAGUUUCCUACAUUCCACCAGCCCUGUUGUCCUCUCAUGUAAUGAACUGACUGAAAUCGAGAGAGCACCCCAAAGUUAUCUGUAAAUAGCUGUGAUGGAAAAAAAAAAAGCACAUUAAACUUGAAGAUGAAAUGUGAA